AUGGCUGCCCAUUCUGAGAAGGGGCGUCGCUAUAUUGCUGCCUUGGACAACGCCCGUUGUCAGAACAAGUGGGAUGAGAUCCCCGAACUCAUUCGCAAAGUGACCAAGCAUGCACCUCAAAAGACUUGCUUGUUAGAGGUAGCCUCUGCUGAAUACCAGGUUGCCUUACACUCCCCGCAACGGCCAUCAUCUGCUCAAUCUUCCUCCGCUUCCACAUCCUCGGCGUUGCCAGAACUUAUUCACCACCUUUUGUCUACCGUUGAAAAGGCAGAUGGCCCUCCACAAGAUAUUUUUCAAGCUCAAGUUUGCCUAGGAUGGGUACACUGGACACUCAAUGAACCGGGGUUGGCAGCGGCGCGUCUCCCGGAUGACUUCGAUGAGACAGUUCAUAAGCUCACAGGCACUGGAGAGGAGCUCUCGUCAUGGACUAAAGUAUGCAUUGCCAAGGCAUGCUAUCUCAAAGGUGCCGGGCAACACAAAGUAUCCGGGUCCGCCAACGCACUGGACACUCUUCAGUCACUUACUUCAUGGUUGAACAGUCACAAUGAGCUGUCUUCAGAUAGCCCCCAGUUUUUACACUGGUCUGAGCAACUCGCGUCGGAAAGCGCACUGGUCGCUAGCACGGAAGCUCUCAGGACUAUUCCCGUGGCUGACGAAGCCCUCAUGCAGACCGCGCUCAGACUCCUUCGGGCGUGGUCUGCUCACCCACAUGUUAAACAAGGGCCCUUGCCUCAUACCGACAACUUUGACGUUUGUACACCAAGGCAUUUAACAUGGAAGUCAUACUAUGACCUCUUGUCAGCCACCCUGCAACAUGAUUUAGCUUACGUGCCACCGGCAAGCGGGCCAGAACGUCAGCAGCUUGCAGCUGAAAUACGGCGUGUGGAGUCGAUGUACGAGAGUAGCCUCCUGCACUGGGUGGAGCAAGUAAUCACGAACUGGCAAAUACUCUGUGGACCUCAAUGGACCGACGAAGAUCUGGGUGAAAGGGGCCAAAACGCAGUGGGCAGAAAUGUCCUCGAUAUCCUGUAUCGUGCUGCUACCAAAACAUACCAUUCCCACUUGAUACUCCGGCGCCUAUUUCACGUUCACUCAGCAUUGGCAGACUUUGACCUCGCUCUAAAGGCUCUUGAUUCGUAUAUUGAGAUCGUUGUGAGUGCGAAAGAAAGGGCAGAGAAGUCGGCACAAUAUGGAGAAUUAGAAAAUGAUGGCACCUUGUUGCGCACUCUCUCCGAGGGGGUCACUAUGCUGUGUUGUUUCGGCUCGGCAAAAGAAGCCGAGAAAGCCAGGGAGUUGACGACUCUCAUGAAGGAGUUUAUAAACAAGCAUGUCCAAGAAGUUGAGGGUGAUGACGAGGAGCAAGUAAAGCUUCUGAUCACAUCAGAUACAAGCUCAACUCACUCUCAGGCAGUGUCUCCUACUGACAUUGCUGCGGCUUAUAGAGGUGUUGGUAUAGGUCUUGCGGCCUGGGCUAACUGGACACCCGUGAAUGAAGAACGUGACGACAUACGGUCUGAGGCCAUUGAUUAUCUGGAAAAGAGCACUGCGCCAGAGUUAGAAGACGAGGAUAACUACUCAUCUCUAUAUACGCUUGCUCUCCUUCUCGCAGAAGAUCGAGAUCUGGAUAGUGCGAUUGACUGUGUCAAGACAGCAUUGACAGCGAAGACACACCCAGGCACCGUCCAGGGGUAUUUUACGCGGGAACGGGACCUUGUUCCGCUAUGGCAUCUACUUGCCCUAUUAUUAAGUGCAAAGCAUGAUUUUGAUAUUGCCGAGCGCUCCUGCGAGGCUGCAUUUGAACAGUUCCCUGCCGCGGUCACGUCUCUAGCCCACCACGAGAGAAGACCACAAAAGCAACAGCAGGCCACCCAAGACCAGGUAAACGGCGCUGGGUUACAACGUACCUUAAUCGAGGAACUUCGAGGCCGUGAGAAAGAACGUAUAAUCGAGACGCGCAUGACCCAGUUGGCGUUUGUUGAACUCCUGGAGGGCCCAGAGGCUGCUGUUAACCAUAGCGAGCAACUACUUGGACUAUUUGCAACUCUAUUCGGCAAUUUGGCCCUUGAAGCUGACGAUAAAAAAGCCUCCCAGACAGACAACCUCAGACCCCCAUCGAGCUCCGGUCAUACCGUGAAAAGUCUCCGCGGCAGUAUAUUUGGGAGGCAUAAAGGCCCGCGGGCACCAGACAGGCGGAUGCGAUCUGGAUCUGACCCUAAGACGGAUGGAAAUAGUCCUUCGGUAGUACCGAACGAGUCGGAUCAGGCGCCAACCAUUCAGGUCACACACGAGGAUAAACACGUUGGCCACGAGAACCCUCAAGACUCGCGGAAAUUGCGGAAACGCAGUAGCACCCUCAAAAAGGGAGAGAAUGUACCUCAUCCAAACCAUAGUCACAUAAAUGGUGACGGACCCGUCACGAAUGGCGUGGGAGGUGUAGAGCAACCGAAUGGGGGGGAAACUCCAUCCCCAGACAUGGUUACGGCGGCAGUGUCUGCAAACAAGGAACAAAGUGGAAAGCAGCCCUUGCGACCUGUAGCUCACAACAUGAGCCAUACGAGACAGCCACCUCCCGUGGGUCACGCGAAGCAGCCGCCAGAACAGGAUGUUCGUCUGCCAACAUCAUAUGGGUUUGAUUCUCCAACUAAAGCGGUGACUAAGUUCCCGCUUGCCCAGGCCCAAAAGCAUGCCCUCUGUAUCCUCGUCAAAAUUUGGCUUCUCGUUGCUGGGCUGUAUCGGCGAGCAGCGUUGUUUGACGAUGCGUUUGAAGCGUGCGAGGAAGCUGCCAAGCAUGUUUCGCGGGUCGAAGCCCUUUGCGCAACACAAGAAUCCUCCGCUAGAUCAUUCCGAGAGCGUGGUUGGGGUGCUCCAAAGAGUGCCGACGAACUUUGGGCCGACCUCCUAGCGGAACAGGCGUUCUUGUCGAAUGCUCAGUCAUACCCUCACAAAGCAAUGGAUCAGUUCGAACAAGCAUUAAUGCGCGACCCCGACCAUCCCAAAGCCACCAUUGGCCUGGCAAACCUUCUCCUUGAUAUCUGGGAUCAAAAGAUGCCGCUGCUGCCACCAGAGCCUGAGAUUGAACUUGAUAUGUCGAUGUUAACGCUCGCGUCGCCCGAGAAGCAAAGCCCAACGGCGAGAAAGGCUGACGUAAAGGCCACAGGCAGACAAUCAUUCGCUGGAUCUAUCGACACCGAACAUAAUCAAAUGCCACAUGCUAUCCAGGACGUGGAACCUAAACUUCUCAAUCGCAUCGCCGCUCGUGACAGAGCUUACGGUCUGCUUUCAGCCCUCACCAAACGCGGUAGCUCUUGGGACAACUCUGAAGCUUGGUAUACACUCUCCAGAGCGUACGAAGCCGAGGGGAAUACCGAGAAAUUGAGAGAGGUGUUGUGGUGGUGUGUGGAGCUCGAAGACCGACGGCCAAUCCGACACUGGUCUAACCUCGGUUCUGGUGUAUAUGUUCUCUAA